AUGGAGAGAAUGAUUAUUUUUUAACAAAUCUAAAUUUUACUUUUGAUUAAACAAAAUUUAAUUCUUGUUUUAUUUUUACCAAAUUUUGCAGGUCAAAAGCAGUUCACUGCAGUUUCGGAAGAUCCUGCAGAAUUUAGGUAAAGUGGACCGAACUGCCGAUGAUAUUUUCGACGAGCAUCUCCAGAAUUUCACACGUCAGCACACGGCUGCCACACGUCUGCAGAAAGAGUUCAACAACUAUAUACGAUGCAUCAGGGCGGUGCAGGCAGCGAGCAAAUCGCUGAUGGACUCUCUGAACGAGAUCUACGAAAGUGGCUGGACGGGCCAUGACCUGGUGUACGUGCAGGCGCAGAACGCAGAGAUGCUCUGGCAGGACUUCAGCCACAAGCUCGCCGACCAGGUGCUCAUACCGCUCAACACCUACCAGGCGCAGUUUCCCGAAAUGAGGAAAAAGAUCGAGAAACGCAACCGAAAGCUGGUGGACUUUGACAGUCAGCGCCACAACAUGCAGUCGCUGGAGGGGAGCGGCGCGGGUGGCGGUGGAGGGCGCAAACGGGACGAGGCCAAGGUGGCGCGGGCACGUGACCUGCUGGAGGAUGCCAAGCGCACCUACGAGUGCCUCAACUCGGAGCUGCACGACGAACUGCCCGCCCUCUACGACUCGAGGGUGCUCUUCCUCGUCACCAAUCUGCAGACGCUGUUUGCCGCCGAACAGCUGUUUCAUUCGGAGACGGCCAAGGUGUAUGCGGAACUGGAAGCGAUAGUGGACAAGCUAGCAACCGACAGCCAGAGAGGAUCCUACACACUGAAGAAGACCGCCAACCACAAUAUCAACAACACCAAGGCCAUCAAUUCAAAUUCAACGAACAAUAUUGGGUCACCCACAUCAACGACUGUGUGGUUUGUGCCGUCAGCAGUCAGCGUGAGCAGCGAGGGAGAAAGCACCAGCAACGGAAGCGCAGUGGUCACUCCACCAACCUCUCCCAUCAAGGACUCACCGCCAACUGCCAACGGUCACCAUCCUCCCGCCACCCCCACCACGGCUACUUCCCCCACCACUGCGCCGUCACGUGACUCCUCCCACUCUGCCGUCGUCACUUCCCCCACCACUGCGCCGUCUCUUGACUCCUCCCACUCGUCGCCAGUAUAUAAGGCAGCCGAGGACAGUGUCACCUCCAGUCAGCCGCCAGUCACCAAUGGCAGUGUGUCUCCUCCUCCUGUUAUCACCUCCUCGUCGACGGCUCCUGUUGUGGAUGAUGUCAUGGUCGCCAGCAGCAAGGAGCUGGAAGUUGUUAAGGAGGAGGAGGGCGAGAGUAAGAAGGCCGAGGAGGAGUUGUAUGAUAUACCGACUGGAGCAACAACGGAAGGGUUGCCGGCAGGAGUGCUGUAUCGUGUGAAGGCCACUUACAAGUACGUGCGUGAAGACAUGGAUGAGCUGUCCUUCGAUGUUGGCGAAAUAAUACGUGUGGUCCAGUACGAUGAUCCCGAAGAACAGGAGGAAGGUUGGCUCAUGGGCGUCAAAGAGUCGAACGGAGAGAAAGGAAUGUUUCCCGCCAAUUUCACUAGACCGCUCUGAGUCAGCACUAUUUCAUCCAACUUUUCGAACCGUAGAGGGCGUGGCUAAACGAUGACGAUCUGAUUCGACGACAAACCAGCUACUAUUGCUCAUCAGUAUUAGUUCCAAAUCAGCUCGCUAGGCAGCGCUAGUGGCUGCUAAGUUCGUCUUCAGUUUUCAAGGCUCACUCUUGUCCCCCCCCUUCAACUGCUGGUUUAUUACUUUAGUAAAUUCUUGAUAUAGUUUCCCCUCGAUUUAGAAAUUUUCUUCACAGAUUCUUGUUCUGUGUCCCUCACAAUUAUAAAAUUUCCCUUUUACCAACCCUUGAUAAAAUUAUUUCAAAAACUCGCUUUAUAUUCCGCUACAUAACUCGUUUGAUAAAUCUGAAAUUUUUUCCCCCAACCAUUGAUAAAUCUUCAGUUUAGAAACUCUCCUCUUUUAUUGUCCUCACCUAUAUCGGAAUGUUACUUCGCGCCUACCUUUAUUAAUUAUUAAAUAAAAUUCUGUAGAUUUUAUUUAAAAUAAAUUAUCGGACUCGUGCAUCUAUAUUGAUUUUGGUUAGAGUGAUUGUAAUUGGCUAUGAUGAUAUCUAUUGAUGUUUCUUCAAUAGAUAAUUAUGGGAGCAGUGCAUAGUUCUAUUUAUUUUAUUGGUAAAUUUCGUUGGGGGAAAAAGUUAUAUGUAAUCAACUCCCAUAAGUUUGAGAUUUAUAGUUUAAAAAUUGAAUAAAGAUAAUAAAAUGGUUGGAUAGUUAUACUUUAAAGCAUUUCGAUAUUAUUAGGGAUUCUUCACAAACUUCCAGUUGAAAAUAAAAUUAUAAAAAUGAAAAAAAAUAUUAAAAUAAAAGUAACAAAAUAUUAUAAUUAGAAGCUAAAAAUAAUAAUGAAAAAUAAACUUCAAUCAUUAACAAAUUAUAGUGAAGGUAAAAUACUUGACCCGAUUCUAAAUCAUUUUUGAUAAUAUUUCAAUUAAAUUUAUUAGAUAUGAUUUUUCUCUAAAUAGUUUGUGUAAUUGGUGUGUACCGUAUGUAAAAAUUGAAAACAUAGUAAAAUAAUUUCUUUAUAUUUAUAGUAAAUAACUUUUGAAUAAAUUUAAACAUGCGAAAAAAUCGAAUUGAUGGGAGUUGAUAACUUGGCGAGAAAUUUAUCAGAGAUAGGGUAGAGGCAUAAUUUAUAAUUUUGAAAGUUUUUAAAAGUAUUCUACUGUUUUUUGGCAGCUAUUAGUGUAGUAAGCUGAAACCUAGACUAUUAUCCUGCAUAUGAAUAUUAUCCAGCUACCACUAAUUAGACUUUUUAAUGUUGUUCUUUUGAAAACAAUUCAAAUCAAGAAAUCCCGUGUUAUAAUAUUUUAAAUUAUGUAGGAUGAAUCAAAAUCAGGUCUGUCUUAGAAACUUUGUUAGGGGUAUUUUAUUCGAUUUAUAUAUUGUAUGAAUUCUCUUCCAUUUAUAAAAUGAUUGCUCAAACAUUUCUACCCAUAUAAGCCAGCUCUACUACUUAACAUUUAUAAUCGUGAAAAUCAAAAUUUUCUAUAAUUUAAAUGCCUAUAAUUUUCAAAUCAAUCACGAUCUAUACAGCUUCAAUAUAUUCUAUUUCAUUUGAAUCUGUAAUGUUUAUCCAAAAGAUAUUUUUAUGUUUAGUUCUCCUAAAUGUAUCACUGUUUUAUGAACAAUUUAUUUCAACUAAAAUAUUUUAGAAAUAAUUGAGAGUUAUCUCAAUCAUCGCCUCACCAUAGUCUUUCUUUCAAUUUUCUUUGAGUGUGUCUGCUUUCUUUAGAUUUUGUUUUGUAUGUUUGAAAGUUUAGGGUUAGGAACUUAGUGAAUAUGUUUUGAAACAGGAAACUAUACCUAGUUUAACGACUUUCGCAAAUUAUUUCUCAAUUUUAGAUUAUCUACUGAGGUACUACUGAAUAUUUUCAGAGUACAUUUUAAUAAAACUCCGAUAUUUUCUCAACUUAGUUGAAUUUCUGUCGGUUGGCUGAAUGUAACUUUUUCAUCACAUUCUUGAAAAAAUGUUUUUCUGAAACUUUUAGUAUUUAAUGUUUAUUUCUUGCAUUUAUCGGUUGGUAAGCUCCUCUUCUACCUUUUGUGUGCAUUCUUAGCGAGUCAAUUAAUUCUCUUUGUUAUCUUUAACUAUUUUUAGUUAAUUAACUUCUAUUCUUAGUUAUCUUCAACUAUUCUUAGUUAUGAGUAAGUGCCAUCUAUUGAUAUUAUGACUACUGGAUUGUACAGUGUAAGUAACUCGAGAGUUAUUGAGCAAUGUAAUAACUUAUUAAUAAUAUUAUUACUCUAAAUUGGUUACAUGACGGAAAGCAAGUACUGUAAUAUUAUUGAAAAAGUGCCUUCACUUUUUAAAACUUGUAACUUUUAAAAGUUGGGAAUGGUAUCAAUGUAAAUAAGAAGUACGUCAAUUUGAUAGGAAUGAUUUUUGAAGAAGACUGGUAUGAAAACUAUAAAUGUUAACAUCAAAUCAUUUCUCUCCAUAAUUAAAGCCAAUCAUUUUUAAUUAUUUUUUUAUUAAAGUUUCCAAGGUUUGAACAUUUUAUUCUCAGCUUGAAAAAUAGAAAGUGAUUUUCGAAUAUUGAAAAACAUAAUUUUUAAUUGUUGACUUAGGACAAAUAAAGGACACAAUUUGAUAUUUUGGAGUUUUUCCUUAGUUUAAAUGAAUUGAGUUUCUUCAAAUCCAAUCACUUGUAAAUUGUUACAGAAAGUAUUAAGCUAUUGGAUGACCUUAUUUGAAGUUGGUUCUCUCAUUAAUGAAGAGGAGGUUUUUAACCUUCGGUAAUUUAGUAUUAGUUUAGGACAAUGUGUUGUUAUUUUAUUCUGUAACCCAAUAUAUUUUAUCAUUAUUAUCAUCAUCAUCAUCAUCAUUAUGGUGAUGAAUGAAUCUGACAUACGAUUUUAAGCCAAUAACAUCAAUGAAUUAAUUUUAAAAUUAUUUUUAAUUGUACAAAAAAGGAGUGAAAUGUUUGACUAUUUAUAGUGUAGUAGAAUUAUAUUUUCUAAAUCAUAAAUAAAUAAUAAUAUAUUUGAGAGUGAUUGUUUAUGUGUGAAAGGUUUGGAAAGGAUGUCCAUAUUACUAUAAUAAUAAUUAUCAAGUUAAUUGUUAUCAGAUACUGUGUGUGCUGACGAACUCAAAACAUCAUUUAUUUUAAUUUCAAUUAAAUUACCUUACUACUUUCAUCCUUUCAAUGUAUUAUUUAUUUUUAAUUUCAAAAGAUAUUAAUUAAUAUAAAGAUGAUUUAUGUGAUUGAAUCAGUUAUUAUAUGUUUUUCUUAGCGCUCAAUUAAUAGUGAAUGUUAUGUCAAGCUAAUGCCAAAUUUCAGUUCAACUUAUGGACUUGAAUUAUGAACUUAAUUCUUCACCACAAUCAACGGAUGAGAGCCUAACAUAAAUUUCCUAGCGUUAUGUAAUUAUGUAUUAUGUAUAUACAUAUAUAUACUGUGUAUAUAUACAAUUUUACAGCAAAA